AUGACAAUUGUAGGAAACGCUGUCAACAAGGCCCGCUGUUCUGCCUCUGUCAACAAGGCCCGCUGCUCUGCCUCUGUCUACAAGGUCCGCUGCUCUGCCACUGUCAACAAGGCCCGCUGCUCUGACACUGUCAACAAGGUCCGCUGCUCUGCCACUGUCAACAAGGCCCGCUGCUCUGCCUCUGUCAACAAGGCCCGCUGCUCUGCCACUGUCAACAAGGCCCGCUGCUCUGACACUGUCAAGGCCCUCUGCUCUGCCUGUCAAAGGCCCGCUGCUCUGCCACUGUCAACAAGGCCCGCUGUUCUGCCUCUGUCAACAAGGCCCGCUGUUCUGCCACUGUCAACAAGGCCCGCUGUUUGCCACUGUCAACGGCCCGCUGCUUUGCCUCUCUACAAGGCCUGCUGCUCUGACACUGUCAACAAGGCCUCUGCUCUGCCUGUCAACAAGGCCCGCUGCUCUGCCACUGUCAACAAGGCCCGCUGCUUUGCCUCUGUCUACAAGGCCUGCUGCUCUGACGUCAACAAGGCCUUCUGCUCUGCCUGUCAACAAGGCCCGCUGCUCUGCCACUGUCAACAGGGCCCGCUGUCUUCCUCUGUCAACGCGCUGCUGCUCUGCUGCGUCAACGAGGCCCGUUGCUCUGCCGCUGCUCUGCCUCUAUCAACAAGGCCCUUUGCUCUGCCUCUGUCAACAAGGCCCGCUGCUUUGCCUCUGUCUACAAGGCUUGCUUCUAACACUGUCAACAAGGCCCGCUCUGCCUCUGUCAACAAGGCCUCUUGCUCUGCCUGUCAACAAGGCCCGCUGCUCUGCCACUGUCAACAAGGCCCGCUGCUUUGCCUCUGUCUACAAGGCUUGCUCUCAACACUGUCAACAAGGUCCGCUGCUCUGCCACUGUCAACAAGGCCCGCUGCUCUGCCCUGUCAACAAGGCCCGCUGCUCUGCCUCUGUCAACAAGGCCCGAUGCUCUGCCUCUGUCAACAAGGCCUGCUCUGCCACUGUCAACAAGCCCCUCUGCUCGCCUCUGUCAACAAGGCCCGCUGCUCUGCCUCUGUCAACAAGGUCCGCUGCUCUGCCACUGUCAACAAGGCCCGCUGCUCGGCCUCUGUCAACAAGGCCCGCUGCUCUGCCUCUGUCAACAAGGCCCGCUGCUCUGCCUCUGUCAACAAGGCCCGCUGCUCUGACUCUGUCAAGGCCCGCUGCUCUGCCUCUGUCAACGGCCUGCUGCUCUGCCUCUGUCAACAAGGCCCGCUGCUCUGCCUCUGUCAACAAGGCCUGCUGUUCUGCCUCUGUCAACGAGGCCCGCUGUUCUGCCUCUGUCAACAAGGCCCGCUGUUCUGCCUCUGUCAAGCAGGCCCGCUGUUCUGCCUCUGUCAACAAGGCCCGCUGCUCUGCCUCUGUCAACAAGGCCCGCUGCUCUGCCUCUGUCAACAAGGCCCGCUGCUCUGCCUCUGUCAACAAGGCCCGCUGCUCUGCUCUGUCAACAAGGCCCGCUGCUCUGCCUCUGUCAACAAGGUCCGCUGCUCUGCCACUGUCAACAAGGCCCGCUGCUCUGCCUCUGUCAACAAGGCCCGCUGUUUGCCUCUGUCAACAAGGCCCGCUGCUGCUCUGCCUCUGUCAACAAGGCCCGCUGCUCUGCCUCUGUCAACAAGGCCCGCUGUUUGCCUCUGUCAACAAGGCCCGCUGUUUGCCUCUGUCAACAAGGCCCGCUGCUCUGCCUCUGUCAAGGCCUGCUGCUCUGCCUCUGUCAACAAGGCCCGCUGCUCUGCCUCUGUCAACAAGGCACGCUGCUCUGCCUCUGUCAACAAGGCCCGCUGCUCUGCCUCUGUCAACAAGGCCCGCUGCUCUGCCUUACACCGAUUUAUGCCACCAACUCCUACAGCUACAUAA